CUCGUCCACCGCCUAUAUAAAUCGUGCGCCUUAGCACAUGCGACGCCAGUUUCACACUUAAAAUCCGACAGACAACUCUCUCUAAAGGUGGGCUAUUUAGAAAAACGUAGUUAACUUUUUUAAAUGCAUUUUUUAAAUAUAGAAAAUUGAUUUAAAGUAUUGUAUGGUCAUCUCAAAUGACAGUGAUUUUUGUUCUCAUUUUGUCUCAGAAUCAUGGACUUCGAUUUGGCUGAUGCUCUGCCGAGGUAGGCUGUCUCUGAAUUGUUUUCUGAGGAAUACUGAAUCAAUUGCCGUUCUUACAGUAUGUGUUUUGUAAAUAUAUAGCCUACAGUAAAAUAUCCUAAUUGAAGAUGACACAAAUAAAUAAUAACCUGAAAGUGGAAAUAUGCUAUUGCUACAUGUUUGGACUUUUAAAUUAAUGAUAUAUAGCCAUUGAUUCUUGCAGAAUAUGGUCCUCUGUAGCUCAGCUGGUAGAGCACGGCGCUUGUAACGCCAAGGUAGUGGGUUCGAUCCCCGGGACCACCCAUACACAAAAAUGUAUGCACGCAUGACUGUAAAUCGCUUUGGAUAAAAGCGUCUACUAAAUGGCUUAUUAUUAUUAUUAUUAUAAUAUAACUGCCUCGUGAGCUUCGUUCAACUGUCUAACCCCUUCAGAACCCAAAAUAUAGGCAUGUUUUACUCCAUUGUUUGUAAACAAUGUAAUUGUAAACAAAGUGUAUAGCCUCAACGUGGUUCAAACUAUAAUUUUGAUAUCGUGGAUGGGCAGUCCUUGCAUCCAUAGCUCUGUCUAUGAAUUUGAGGUUGGUUACAUUUAUCCAGCCGCAUCCCUCAGCUAUUUACCUAAACAGUGGCGGGGUCUUGCCUUUGUUAUUGUUUUAACAGCAGAUUGCCUAUUUCCAAUUUGCUGACAUAUACGCAGUUUGCACGAACCUUUUCUAUCCAGUUAUUUUAAACUUUUUUAGAAAUUGUUAGACCCACCUCAAUAUAAAAAGUGCUUGUUUAUCUGAGCUUGAAGAGGAAGAUGAGAUUUUAGGCUAACACCUUUUUUUUUUUUCCUCUGCAGCUCAUAUUCGGAGAGUAUGGAGUUUGAUACCGAAUACCGCCUGCCUGAUGCGAAGGUAAGACAUUUUGUUUACCUUGUAUAAAAAAGUAUGGCUAGCGCCACAAGGAUUAGGAUACACUAGUUGUAGACUUUAGACAGAGCAUCACAAACGUAGGUUGAGUAUGCUCUUACAUAAAGACGACCAAUAAGGUACUCUUUGUGUUAUUAAAUUGCCUUAAUAGUGAUGGCAUGUUCAAUAGAAAUCAUUUGUAGUGAUUUUUUUUUCUUGACAGAAAUUUUUAUUAAUUUUAAUUUUUACUUCAUGGACUCUCAUUCUGAUUACUUGUAUGUGUAUAGAGUGGACCACAGAUGGAGAGCUGUGGGCUGCACACAGGCCUGAGCCUCGACCUGGAGGUUAUCCAUCAGCGUGGGGUAGGCAUGAGAGAGGUGGCUCACCUGGUGAUUGCGCUGCACAGGAUGAAAAACCCCUUCCAGAAGUCCGACUCCACACAAACUCCCCUGGGCAUGGAGUGCACCGACGAACAGUUUUGCAGCAUCAUCAUGGACAACCUGGUGGAAGGUGCAUAGGCUGCCGUGCCGUUCCAUUUCAAUUUAGUCAAGUCGGGAACUAAACUGAAGUUCCAUUUCCACAUUUUCCUCAUAAUAUGAAUGAACCCCUGACCCUGGACUCUAUACUCUUUGAUUAUACUCUACUGCUUUUCAGUUAUUUUAGGCCCAGUUCACUAAACAAUUCAUUUGAUUGACGGUCCUUGUCCUGUCUCCCCCCUUUCUCCACCCUUCUGUUUUCCCCUCCACUGCCCCUUCCCUCCUCCUCUUUGUAGAGUGUGUGAUGGUCUCAAACCAGAAGCCAGUGGGAGCAGUGACCCAAAAGGCUACGGGGACCUUCGAGCGGAUGGGCAGCCCCAAGCAGUAUAGCCUGUGUGACGGUCACCAGAAGAGCCUGAUGUACUGCCCCAAAACCAUGAAGCUGCAUGCCGUCACAAUGAAGGGAGGCAACAACCGGAGAGGUAGGCUAACUGUCAAAACUACACCGCAAGCACAUUGCAAGCAUUCCGUAAGCCUUGUUUUUGGCAGCCUUUACCAAAAUCGGCAAACGUCAUAGAUGAGCGUUUAAAAAUGACCUUUUAACUCUCUCUCUCAUUCUCAGCGAGGUUCAACCUCUCCAGGUAUAGUAAUAUCUGCACCACCAACUAUAAGGCCCUACCAGUUGUCUUGGGGAUUAACAACUGGAACCUGUCCUGCUCCAAGCAGACAGGCAGCGAAACCCCUGUCCUACAGUUGGAGGUCGGUCUCUCUCUUACUCACUCACUCACUCACAUUUCUCACUCAAACCCACACACACUUACCUCACCGCAUCAUCCUAAUCCUUUUCUCCAUCCUCCCACACACUCUCUCUCUCGCUCUCUCUCACUCAGUGCUGUGAGGACCAGUUAACAACCAUCAGCGCUCAGGAAGACACAGUUCGCUUCCUCUUCUACAAGAGAAUCACUGGCAUCUCCCUGACCACCUUUGAGUCGGCCAUGUACCCGGGCUGGUUCAUCAGCACCUCACUGGAGCCAAGCCAGCCCAUAGAGCUGUGUCAGAAACAGGACGUCGGAAAGCUCACCACCUUCAUGGUCAACAACUAAACACACACAAUCUGUCCCCACAGUGUAUGUACCACGUACAACCAGAGCGAGAGAGUGCAGGGUGAAUCUGAGAAGAUAAUAAUAUAAUAACAAUAUGCC